AGCCAGAGCUCGAAAGGAGAAGAUUACUGCUGUCUGGUGUCAACGGCUGUUGCAUGUUGUUUGUCGGAGAUGUGCUUUUCAUUCCCGAAUGUGGUGAUUUAUAACGACUAAAACUGAAAGUACUAUAUUUGUUUGAGUGAGAGGAAGAAAAAAAAGUUUAACGAUGAACGGUAAAUCUGCGAAUGGCACAGCGGGCGGAACACUGGCCUCCAUUGAGGGGCUACCCCCACUGCCAAAGAGCCUAAGCGGCUUGCUGAAUUCAAGCGGCGGGUCUUGGAGAGAGAUGGAGAGGAUGUAUGCAAAGAAAACCAUGAUCCAAGACGACCUUAGCCGUGGGCGAAACAAUUCCGACAAUCUGCUUGCAAAUAAACCGGCCAAUCUUGAUGCGGCUUUAGCACUCCUCCGAAAAGAAAUGGUGGGAUUGCGUCAGCAGGAUAUGUCUUUGCUGUGUCAGCUCUGGUCCCUCCAUGAGUCAAUCCAAGAGUACAAAGGCAGUUGCCAGGAUCUCAGCGCCGGGCAUGGGAUAGAGAACGGCUACUUUGACGAAGAUGAUGAAUACUACCAGGAGACCAGCACAACACCAACUGACCAACCGGAGGGAAGUGAGGCAACAUCUCCCAAAAAUGGGACAAGCAAGGAUUCCUGGCUACAAGACUCUUUUCACAUCACCAUUUGAGUGACCCAAGAGCUGAGCUGUUUGCUCCUAAUCUUGACUCUACACGUUUGCGGCAAUACGCUUUUUAUAAAGAACUGUGCCAUGCAUUGAGUUUUGCUGGCUUAUAGUCCUUUUUCAGCAGACUGUUUUUUCAUAUAAAUAUAUACAGAAAUUAAUUAUUUAUUAUAAAUGUUUUUUCCCUUAUUACUAUGGACAUUUAGAGUUUUCUAUGAUUGGGUAGUAUGUACUUCCAAGCUCCUUGUCAUCUUCACAAUGUUUACAGGAUUGAAAUCCCAGACACGGGGACAGUCUUGAUAAACUAAAUGGAUGGGAUUCCUGUCCCUGCGAUCGGGAGGAAAUCAACUUUUAGAUGGCAUGUAGUGGCAGCUGUGACUGGUUUGUGUUGUUGCAUAGGCUGGAGAAAAGUAUAAAAUGCUGGAAAUUGCUUACUUCUGGAAGGGUUUAAAAAAACAGGGGUAAGUAAAGCAUGUGCUUCUCAGAAGCCCUGUUUAUGGUGUGCAGACGCCAGACUGUGCUUCCUUUCAUAAUGUGCUGUGGCUCCAUACCUUUUCAGUUAAUAGUUAUUCAAUGAGACUGGGAAGUCUGCAUUGUUGAAUUAAGUACAGUUGCUUCCAUAAACCUUGUUUUCAAUUAACUCAAUACAGGGUACCCAUUACGAAGUCAAAGUAUGUUGACCCCACUAGGACAUGCAUUUAGUGCACGUAUGGCAAUGUUGACUAGUCUCCCAUAGCCAACUGACCCCUAUCUUGAGUUUCUAUGCGCACUCAACAUUUAAUUGCAUAGACCGUAUCAAAAUUAUUUAAGCUAUAAAUGCAUUCUUUAACUUUGACAAUUUUGUGUGUAAACUGGUCCACAAUUCAUGUGCUUCUGGUACGUAAACCAAAGAGUAUAUUUGAUGCUCGUUUGCUAAAAUGUAUUUGGUUUUAGGUAAGAUAGUGUAAAAUGCAAUGCUCUUCCUGAUGCAUCUAGUCUGUUUACUCUCUGAACAAUAUAUCAAGAAUGUUUUGUAAUACAGGUGGUUGAUCUGUUAUGUAUGUUUUCUUCACUGAUUUAAUGCAAUUGAACAAUAUACACAUCAGAGGACGAUUGGAGGUCAUUAACAGCAUGCUUUCAAAAUGGGGAGUUGAAAGAAUGUUCACGGUACCUUCUAUGCCUCAAUGUGAGUGAUCACGUACUGAAUUUUCUACCUCCAGCUUCACUGUAAAUGUAUAUUACCGCCACCAGCCGCAAAUUGAAAAUCUGUAUUUAAACAGAAUACUUAAUCUCCAUUUAGUGCCUUUUUUGGUCUCAGACCAUGGUUAUUGUUGUCUGUCCCUUCAACUCACAGCACUUUUCUCAACCUGGUCAUGUCUUUUUGACAGUCUCAUGGCAAACAUGUUGUGCACCGCAUACUGUAACUCCAGUUACUAGUUCAAUUCCCACCUAAAAGGAAACCUUAUGUUCACCAGUGUCAAUAAUCCAAAUAUGAAAUGUACAUGAGCAUCCUGAUUAGUUCCUUUUUCAUGUGUCAAUAUCCAGAUGGAUAUUGUCUUGAUUUCAUCCAAUCAGAAAGCUGUGUUCUUGUACCACAGUUCAUCUCAAGUUGUUGCCUCUGAAUCCAAAUCUACAGACCUAAAGGAGUCAAUAGAGCCUCAAGCCAAGAAAAUUAAACAUCAGUCUAGUGGCAUGGUCAAGGUAGAUGAAUCUGUCAUCAAAGGAAUGAUAUAUGAAUUUCAUCUAUGAAUCUGGAGGAUUUAAAAUAUAUUGUGUUCUCUCAGAUACAAAACUCUGUAUUUUGUAUCCAUUCCUCAUGUUUGUUAUUUUUCAGCGAAUGACCAUACUACUGUUUUUGGAAGAUUGUUAUUAUGCUCAUGUGAUAGCUAUACUUAUGGAUUUAAUAAAAAUGACUUGAUACUC